AAAUGCGACCUCGCUUGAGUUCUUUGGGCUAGAUGUUGUCGAGGUUUGUCCUUGCCGGCUCUCCUUCGUGGUUCUCUUCCGCCGGCGGGGAAGCCGCUGCAUUUGUCCCGGCAUCAUGCUCGUCCCGUGUGCUCUGCGGACCGCUCGAACCCGCAUCUCCAGGAUCUUCUCUACCCAACCCGUCCAGUUUCUCCACUGUUCUGGGACUAGAUCGAUAGCAACACAUAAAGAGCUUCUCAUAAAACUCCGGAAAAAGACGGGAUACUCAUUUACAAAUUGUAAGAAGGCCUUGGAAAAUUUCAACAGUGACCUUCAGCAGGCUGAAGCCUGGCUGCACGAGCAAGCCCACAAGGAAGGAUGGAGCAAAGCUUCUAAACUACAAGGUCGGAAGACAACGGAGGGUCUGAUUGGACUGCUCCAGGAUGGGAACUCCGCUGUCCUGGUGGAGGUGAAUUGUGAAACUGACUUUGUUGCCAGGAAUGUAAAGUUCCAGCAGUUAGUGCAGCAGGCAGCCACUGCCACGCUGGAACACUGUCGCUCCAAGCAGGUGACCACCACUGAUUAUACCAAGAGUUCCCUUAUGGCUGAAGAAAUAAACCAACUGAAGACUCCUGUGGACAGGCGUGCUCUUGCUGACCAGCUCGCCCUGGCUAUCGGUAACCUUGGUGAGAACAUGGCAAUCAGAAGAGCAGCCUGGGUGGCUGUACCAUCUGACUGGUACAUUGGCACAUAUGUGCACGGACAGCUGCCAGCAGAUAGCCCAUCCCUCUCAAAGAUGGUGUUUGGAAAAUAUGGCGCAUUAGUGAUCUACAGGGCUGUGGAACAGAAUUCCAAAGUUAACGUUUCCGAGGUAGGCCGCAGGUUGGGACAGCAUAUUGUCGGAAUGAUGCCUCUGUCUGUGGGCUCCAUCGAUGACCCGCCCGGCGAUGAUUCAGAGACCAAAAUGUUGGCUCAGCCUUUCCUGCUGGACCCUGGCACCACAGUGGGGCAGUUCCUGCACACAAGUGGAGUGUCGGUAUUGGACUUUGUACGGUACGAAUGUGGCGAAGUAACCGAGGUGGCAGAGAGUGUAAAUUUGGGACAUUGCAGACCUGGAAAUCAAUAACUUCCUCAUUGUCUAUUUCUCUAUGUUCAAAUAAAAUAACAAGCUCUAGCCCA